GUGUAAUGGGGAGGAAAUAAGGCAUGGAGCGAGCAAGCGAGAGAGAGUGGGUAAGGGAGUGUGAAUUUAUCAUGGGCAAAAUUUGUGCUUCAUUCUUGGCUGUGUGCUGAGUAUCCCUGGACCGGCAUGCACAGUCUCCCAAGGCUCAUACUGCUGAAGAGUACGCCCCUCUCUCUCUCUCACACACACACACAGGCUCUCCCACGCAACCUCUCCCUCACACACACAAACACAUACACACACACACACACGUGCUCGCAGUCACACACGCACAGUGCUGUCAGGAGCGCCGCUGCUGGACCACAGCCAUCUCGCGAAGGAGGUUCCAGCGGAGGGAAGAGAAAGCCAGAGCGAGACAAAGGGAAGGAGGACGGUAGAAGGAGAGGAGCGAAUAGGAGCGCGGGGACCGGCACAAGGAAGGAGAGACCCAGCGCUUUGUGAAGAACAGAAAGCAAGCGACAGCAGGAGGGAGGAGGAGAGAGGAAAAAAGAGGAGGGGGAACAGGAAACGCGAUCACUUUCAGCUGCAGCGGUCCGUGUCGCAGCAUGGGCAAUGCACCAUCCCAAGCCAACGCCGGGGCCUGUUUUCCUAAACAAGAUCCCGAGCGUGGUGGCAGUCACGUGAUCUCGACAGAUGACUUGGAAUAUCCACGAGAGUACCGGACGCUGGGGAACAGCGCUCGGCGCUUCUCCAAUGUGGGCCUGGUGCACACGUCGGAGCACCGGCACACCGUCAGCGCUGCCCAGAGCCUGGAGGCCUUGACCAACCUGCACAAGGCUGAUAUGGAACGCAAGAGGGAUGCCUUCAUGGAUCACCUGAAAAGCAAGUAUCAGCAGCAGCAGCAGCAGCUGCAGCAUCCGCACCACAGCCCGCACCACAGCCCGCACCACAACCCACCAUCACCCUCACCCUCCCACGCCAGCAUGAGGGGUACAUCAGAGCGGUCUGCACGUGAACAGCAACAGCCCAACUACUGGAGCUUUAAGAGCCGCAGCCCACGGCAUUCCCAGUCUACCCAGUCUGGGCUUGCCGACCAGGCCGCCAAGCUCUCCUUUGCCUCCGCUGAAUCCUUGGAGACCAUGUCAGAAGCCGACAUUCCCCUCGGGUUCAACCGGAUGAACCGAUUUCGCCAGAGCCUGCCGCUGUCCCGCUCUGCCAGCCAGAAUAAGCUACGAUCUCCAGAUGAAUAUUCAGGCGUGCUGUUCCUGCAGUAUGGAGAUGAGACACGUCGGGUGCACAUCACCCACGAGCUGAGCAGCCUGGACACGCUGCAUGCUCUCAUCGUGCACAUGUUCCCUCAGAAAUUGACAGCAGGUAUGCUGAAGUCACCCAACACGGCCAUCUUGAUCAAGGACGAGGCCCGCAACGUCUUCUAUGAGCUGGAGGACGUUCGGGACAUCCAGGACCGCAGCAUCAUCAAGAUUUACCGCAAAGAGCCCAUCUACGCCUCCUACCCUGCUGCUGCACACCUGGCUAACGGAGACCUGAGGAGGGAGAUGGUGUACUCCUCUCGUGACUCCUCCCCAACGCGCCGCCUUAACACCCUCCCCUCUUCUACGGUCUCAGCAUCCUCUGGCUCUCCAUCCCGCUCUCGCCUCUCCUACAGUGGGGGCCGUCCUCCAUCCUUUGCUGGGUCCCAUCCCCAGCAUGAACAGCCCCGACAUGCCCACCAUCCCUCAGCCGGCCACGGUGCCAACGCAGGCCUGUCUCCCUCACCCAGUGCCAUCCUGGAGCGUCGUGAUGUCAAGCCUGACGAAGAAGUUUCUGCAAAAAACAUGGCGCUGAUGAAAAACGAGUCGCUGUAUGCAGAUCCCUACAGCCUGAUGCACGAGGGCCGCCUCAGCAUUGCAUCCACCCAGUCAUUAGCUGCCAUUGGAGACCCCUUUAGCUUCCCUGUUUCCAGUGGCCUGUACCGCCGUGGCUCUGUGCGCUCACUCAGCACCUACUCAGCCGCUGCUCUUCAGGGGGACCUGGAUGAUUCCCUCUACAAGCCUGGAGGUUCGCUCUACUCUGACACAUACUCCUCAGCCACACUGGGCAUGGGUUUUCGCAUGCCGUCCUCAUCCCCGCAGAAAAUCCCUGACAUGCAGCUGAGGGAUAGGGACUCGUAUUCCAGCUCACCCAGCAGAGCCUCACCUGUCAGGCAGACUUUUCGCAAGGACUCGGCUUCCUCCUCUGUGUUUGUGGAGAGCCCAAAGUCGAGGCCCAGCUCAAGUUCAGAGCCUCUGUGUCUGACAGCCGGGCCUGGGGAGGGUGGCAGGGCCACGCCUGGCUUUGGUUCUUCAAUGUCUGGACAAGACUGUGACAGCAGCAGGGAUCAUCGUCUGGAGCGAAUGGAGGCGAUGGAGAAGCAGAUAGCCAGCCUUACUGGCCUGGUUCAGAGUGUGCUGACCAGAGCACCAGACAGUGACAGCACAUGCGGCCUGCUGCGUCUCUGCAUGAUGGCGGGCUGCCCUCCGGACCAAGGGACGGAGUUCUCACGGCCAUUACCUUUCUCUUCCAGCGAGAAGACCGAAACCAACAGCGACGGCUCCGCCACUGGAACUGGACGGCUGAAGCAGAAAGCUCAUACACCAUCUGCACCUCUAGCUCUGAUGCCGCCACCACCUUCUAACACAACCCAGAUGAACAGUGUUGGCCGCUUGCAGAUGCAGCUCCACCUGCACGGCCUGCAGCAAAAUGCCACUGACCUGCGCAAACAGCUCACCCAGCUACGCAAGACACAGCUGGAGAACCAGGAUUCGGUGCGAACUCUGUUGAAGCGGACAGAAGCGGAGCUGAACGUGCGUGUGGCCGAUGCCCUGAGGAAGCAGGAGGACCCUCUGCAGAGACAGCGCCUCCUGGUGGAGGAGGAGAGACUCAAGUACCUCAACGAGGAGGAGCUCAUCAUCCAGCAGCUCCACGACCUGGAGAAAUCAGUGGAGGAGAUCCAGAAGGAGUCAUCUGUCAACCACAAGCUGGUGACAGUGCAGGAGCUGGAGGAGAAGGCCACUGUUCUGAGAAAGCUGGGAGAAACACUCACAGAACUGAAAAAUCAGUUCCCAGGCCUGCAGAGUAAGAUGCGGGUGGUGCUCAGGGUGGAGGUGGAGGCCGUCAAAUUCCUGAAAGAAGAGCCACACCGUCUUGAUGCCCUGUUAAAACGCUGCAAGACUAUAACUGACACCCUCGCCACCAUGCGCAAACAAGCGAAUGAAGGGGUGUGGAAGAAGCAGGAGGACUUCUCUAGUCCUUCAUCAAAGCACAAUGACUUGCGAAAGUUUUCAGACUUUGACAUCCCCACCAGCCCACCACUCACCAUCAAUGACCUUGGGGGAGGCAACAGCCUGUCCAACUGGAGCCCCCACUCCAGCCUCAACCGUGGCCACGUGAACCCAUCUGGCCCUCACAAGGACAAUCAUCCUCCUGUUCCCCACAAGGGCAAAGCCCUGGAGGAGCUGGAACGCCGUGCUGCUGCUGACAAAGCUUUGUCCGUGGAGGUCCGACUGGCAGCAGAGCGGGACUGGGAGGAGAAGCGGGCCAGUCUGACCCAGUACAGUGCCCAGGACAUCAACCGAUUGCUGGAGGAGACCCAGGCUGAGUUAAUGAAAGCUAUUCCAGACCUGGACUUUGCUGCCAAGCAGAUCAAGCCCUCCUCCAACACACCAUCCUGCCAGACCCCCCAAUGUGGGACAGGAACCCAAGAGCACCGUGCCAACAAGCCCCAGCACAAGCUUUCUGGGAAAGAGGGAGGAUCCAGGCGUGGCUCUGAUGAGCUGACAGUACCACGGUAUCGCACAGAGAAACCCUCCAAGUCUCCUCCUCCUCCACCACCUAGACGCAGUUUUCCCUCUUCUCCAGGCCUAACCACCCGUAGUGGAGAGCCCCUCAUUCCUGGAAAAAGUAUAAAGAAGUCUGAAUCUGAAGAGACUGAAGGCCAGAAGCCUCAUGUAAAACUGAGGAGGGCCGUGUCUGAAAACCCUCGUCCUGCAUCUACACCCCCCACACUGGCCUCUGGGGACAAGGAGGAAGGAGAGGAGGAGAAAAUUGCUGCCGAAUUGGAGCGGUCCAGCUGUGCCUUACUGGACUGCUCUAGACUUGAGAGGGACCUGCAUGGGACAGACCACACAGGCAGCACAUCAGAUGAAACAGGAAGGCGCUUGUCUCCUGUCCCCCACAUCGUCUUGACAGAGUGUUUGCCAGCUUUGCCCGCUGCCUCAGAGGAUCCUGUCAGUGAUUUAACAAAUGACCCUGUAGAAGAGAGUCCAUCACAAGAUUGGACUGGUCAUUACACGGUCAACCAGACUCAAAUUUCAAAAGAAAGGGAUUCAUUUGGAAGCCCUCCUCAGCGAGAGCAGCGUUGUUUUAAAGAUGAUAUGGAAUUAAAACAGGAAGUUGCCCUGCUUGUGACAGAGCUGGAGGUAAGGGUGGUGUCUUCCCUUGAGGUCCAGGAGCUCAGCAGAACUACAGUAGAAGCUCUGCAGACUCUGACCAUCUCACCACAGACUGAAGAGGUCUCUGAGGUCCAGCUGAGUGAACGGCCUCUCCUAGUGCUCCUUAGAGAGGAAAAAACAGUCAGGGAGGCCUACAGGCUGCUGCUUUCCCUUUUGGAGUCAUCUAAGCCAGUGCCCAAACCCAGAAUAAAAUCCUCCCUCCACUCGGGCCAGCAGAGCUCUCUGGUGGAGGCUCUGAGGAGAGGGAUAGAGACAGGUGAUAGGUUGCUGACACUUCAGCACAACACUGAAAUUAAGACAAUUUCUGAGGUACAGCAGAAUUCAGUAAACUCUACUCUUAAGUCUAGUGGGUCAGCUCGCUCUGUGGACAGUCUAGCCAACCAGACCCAGAGGAAAACAGGAGAAGAUAUCCGACGCAGCACCUACAGGAGGCUGGACAGCUUGGAGGAAACUAUUCGUGAGCUGGAGAACACCUUGAUAGAGAUCGGUAGCCAUCCAGCUGCAGAGCAGCUCUACACUGGGACAACCACCAAAAGCACUCCUGUACAGAUGUCAGGCAGUCCAACCUCAGAGAUAAAGAAGCCACCAGUCCCACCCAAGCCGACCUCUUUGGGCCCAGCAUCGAUCCAGGGAGGGAAUAGUUCUAGCGUUGGUAAGGUUCUCCACUCCUCGGCUGCCUCCAAACUGAAGCACCUGCAGCAAAACAGCACAGACAAGACUAAAAGUGGCAAACGAGAGGACUUCCUGAAGAUCCAGGGCCAGCAGCAGCAGUGAGCGACCUGUCCGUGUCCAGCCUCUUCAGCUUCCUCCUUCUCCUGUUCACCUGACUAGAGAGCUACUCAUAUCCAUCUGCCCCCUUUACUUCAUCAGCUUCUUUCACAUUUUCAGUGUUUACUGAACCCCAAUCUGUGGAUGUGUGUGUGCGUGUGUGUGUGCAAGCAUGCAUGCACGGGCAUGUUUGACUGUAAUGGUAAGGGAAGGUGCUGCGGGGGACAGUGCCCAGACAAUUUUAAGACUUGAAUUUUUCAGAAUUUCCCCUUUGAUCUCUGAAAACCUCCCCUCCCCCUUCCUGUCUUCUGUGUCCCUGCUCUACCUGAAGGCCUUGGGGACCAAC